UUACUCUUACCUUUAGAGUUUGGCCAAAGUGUAAAUGGAAUUGGAACAGGACUUUCAAGCAGUAACCUAGAUGGUUCAUACCUGAGUAACCAGUGUGGUGAUCUGAAUGGCCCUCAGCAAGUAAACACACCUAAUGGUCCUGUACUCACUAACUAUGGUCGCUAUCAGUUAAUGUCAGGAUUACAACGGCGAGACAUAAGAUAUGAGGGUGACCCAGAUUUGAAACCCAUAUGCACUUAUGAAGUACCACUCCUUGUGCGGUGGCUUUAUAGCCUGGCAUUACUAGUCAAUGCUAAAUAUGGAUCAGUCAUACAGGGAUUAUACUCAAGAAGAGAUUUACUAGGAACAAUGUGCAAACUAUUGAUCAAGGCACCAGAAACAGUGUAUGAAUACCACAAAAACAAUGCAGGUUCUCCACAUACCAGGGUGACAAAAUAUCUUCCUCCAAGAAUUAGCUUCAGAUUUCAGGCUAGUAAAUAUGUUUUAGGGUAUGAAUUAAUUGUUCUACUUAUGAUCUACACCUUUGACCUAUGGGGAUUUCUGCUGAAGAUGAUAGUGACACUUGGUCUCCUCCUCAUUGUACCUGCUUACAUCUCAUACCGGUAUACAGUACAUACUGAAGGUGUGCCUCAAGAAAGAGAACAGCAGCAGCAACAAAGGGAAAAUACUUCAGCCAUACCAGUCCCAGAAUUCAGAUAAUUUUAUUGUAUGGAAUCAUGUAACAAAGAAGAAAUUGUGUGUGACAUGAUUUUUACAUUGUGAAUAGAAUGAACAGUAGAUUUUUUUCAUUUAUUUAUUUAGUUUUAAUAUUAUUAUUUUUUUUUUUUUUACUUUGCUUAAAGCUUAAAACAACUAAUGCUAACAGUUUUGUACUUAUAAUAUGUUGGCAUGUUCUUAUUGCACCUGAUAAAAAGGAUGAUUUCUUUCUGUCAUUUAUUUAGUCACUGAAAGUAUUGUCAGUUAUCUGACAAUACUAAUGAUAAGUAAGAACUUUGAAGUAUGCCAAAUAUAAUGUUGAAAUAUUUUUUUUAGGUUUAUGUGUAAUAUUCCAUAAGAUAUAAUGAGUAAUCUCUAGUUUUGUAUUGAAACUAUACCAAAUUAAAUCAUUACUUAUAAAA